AUGGUUAAAAUUGUAUGUCUUCUUUUCUCCCCAGAAAAUCUCUGUGACUGUAAUGACUCUGCAAAAGCCUUUGAUCAACACACAAAACUUACCAUCCAUCAGUGUGUGCAUAGUGAAGAGAAGCCAUACAAACAGGAAGAAUGCGGUAAAGCAUUGAUUGAUGAUUCGGCUUCCGACGGGCGUCACAGGGUGCAUAAAGGAGAUUUGCCCUAUAAAUGUAAAGAUUGCGACAAAGCCUUUAAAUACCGCUCAAUCCUCCACCAACACCGCAUAAUCCAUACUGCUGCAAGACCCUAUAAAUGCCAAGAGUGUGGGAAAGCCUUCAAGAGAAGUAGAAACCUCACACAACACCAGAUGACUCAUAAGAGAGAGAAACCCUACAAAUGUAAAGAGUGUGGCAAAGCCUUUGCUACACAUGCUGUGCUUACUCAACACCAAAUAGUUCACACUGGAGAGAACCCCUACAAAUGUAAAGACUGUGGGAAAGCCUUUAAAUAUAAUUCCUCCCUGACUCAGCACGAGGUCAUUCAUACUGAAGCAAAACCCUACAGAUGUCAGGAAUGUGGCAAAGCCUUCAAGAGAAGUCACUCCCUGAGUCAACACCAGAUAAUUCAUAAAGGAGAGAAACCACACAAGUGUAAAGAGUGUGGCAAGGCCUUUAGGAAACAGUCAUCUCUUACUCAACACCAAGUAAUUCACACGGGAGAGAAACCCUAUCAGUGUAAAGAGUGUGGGAGAGCCUUCAGAUAUCAGUCAACCCUGACGCGACACCAGGUUGUUCACACUGGGGCAAAGCCCUACAAGUGCGAAGAGUGUGGCAAAGCCUUCAACAAUAGCUCAACUCUUAGUCGACACCAGAUCAUUCACACGGGAGAGAAGCCUUACAAAUGUCAGGAGUGCGCCAGAGCCUUUUACUGUUCCUCGUUCUUGAUCCAGCAUAUGAAAAUCCAUUUUGAAGAGAUGCCCUAUAGAUGCAAAGAGUGUGGUAAACCCUUUAGACUCUCCUCACAGCUGAUUCGGCACCAGAGGAUCCACACUGGAGAGGAACCCUACAUAUGUAAAGAGUGUGGCAGAACCUUCAAAUACCACUCAAACCUGACUCGACACCAAAUACUUCACACUGGAGCAAAGCCUUACCAGUGUGAAGAGUGUGGCAAAGCCUUCAACAAUAGCUCGACCCUCGCUCGACACCUGAUCAUGCACACGGGAGAGAGACCCUACACAUGUCAGGAGUGCGGCCGAGCCUUUUACUGUUCCUCCUAUUUGAUCCAGCAUAUGAAAAUCCAUUUCGAAGAGAUGCCCUAUAGAUGCAAAGAGUGUGGUAAACCCUUUAAAUGUUCUUCACAGCUGAUUCGGCACCAGAGGAUCCACAGUGGAGAGAAACCCUUCAUAUGUAAGGAAUGUGGCAAAGCCUUCAACUGUACUUCAUACCUUACUAAGCAUCAGAGAAUCCAUACUGGAGAGAAACCCUACGUAUGUAAAGAGUGUGGCAAAGCCUUUAACUGUUCUUCCUAUCUUUCUAAACAUCAGAGAAUUCAUAUUGGAGACAGACUCUAUAAAUGUAAGGAAUGUGGCAAAGCCUAUUACUUUUCUUCACAGCUUAACCGACAUCAGAGAAUUCAUACCGGAGAGAAACCCUACAUAUGUAAAGAAUGUGGCAAAGCCUUCAACUGUUCUUCGUAUCUUAAUAAGCAUCUGCAAAUCCAUAUUGUAGAAAAGCCCUAUGUAUGCAAAGAGUGUGGCAAAGCUUUUAGCUGUCCUUCAUACCUUAAAAAACACCAGAGAAUUCAUACUGGAGAUAAGUUUUACAAAUGUAAGGAGUGUGACAAAGCCUAUUACUUUUCCUCACAGCUUAAUCAGCACCAGAGAAUUCAUACCAGAGAGCAACCCUACCAGUGUAAAGAGUGUGGCAAAGCCUUCAUUUCUUCUUCCAGCCUGAAGCGGCACCAGGAAACUCAUAUGCUGGUGAAACCCAGCAGUGUGUAGAAUUUGGCAAAGCCUCAGUAGUAACCUAUUUGUCACUAGGUAUUUCAUAAAGGAGAAAAACCCUGGACAUGCAGUCCAAGACUUUAACAACUGCUGAAACUUUAGUUCACACCAAAAGGCUCCUACAUGAGGGAGACACAAGUGUGAGAAGUGUGAGGAAACCUUUAACAGGUGUGGAGCGGUUAUUCCAUACUAAACAGUCCACGGUGGAGAACAGCUUACAGAUAUGCUAAUGUGGCUUGGCCCUUGACCACAGCUCUUCCUUAUUGGACAGUAACAAAUUCUUGUUGGAAAGAGCACUGUCCUAUGUGUAACCCUCAGAAGAGUCUAAUACUAUACCACAAAUCCCCUCAUAAAAUAACAAAUUUAACAAA